AUGCCUGAUGUUCGCUGCCCGCAGUACCUCGACUUGAGUUGCAGCCCCAAUCAUGCGCCGCGUCCUCCUUCCUGUGUCUCGCCGCCGAUUUGCAUAGGCCUCGUCGCUGCGUCCGUGGCCAUCCUACUCGCCCUCUGGUUCCGUCGGCCCCUUUUCGAGCAGUUGCCAGAUGGGGGUGCCGAUCAGAACCCGGUGAUUGCAGAGGAGGUCGACGAGAUCGCCGCCUCCAUCCCAGAGGCUCUGGCGCCGUCCCAAGCCGAGGCCUACCUGUCGGACGGCGGCAGCAGCGACGGCGAAGACAAAGCAAGCCGGGUGCUUGAACGGACAGUGGUCUUCAUCAAUGCUGCCAUCGACAGCAGAUCUGGUGAGGUUUCUGGAAUUGUUAACAAUAUGUUGAAUGCUUUGGGUGGAAUACUUCUGAACAUCCAUAGCUGCAACUGCCAUGAAUCCACCAUUCAUCCAGCAAAUGGUCUUCUUAUACAAGCUUUGGCUAUUUUCUGUGGUAACACAGAUAGGGUGCAGUCAAUAUUUGCCACCGGGGAUUACACCAUCGAACCUUACACUGAAGUGUUUGAUUGUUGGGUAUCCAAGCUUGAGGAAGACGCGGAAUGGAUAUGCCCAGGUGAAAAGAGUCGAAAGUACAUAUUCCUAUUGAAUAACACAUAUAAUGUUUGGCAAUUGAUGCUCUGUCCUGGGGCAUCCUUUUCAAAUGUAGAAUUGGUGAGUAGGCUCAUUUCCAUGAUCCAUCAAUACAGGUGGAGCUACUUUGAAGAGUGUUGGGUUCCUCUGAACAACUCACACCGUCCGGAUAUGUUUACCGCCGACUUCCUUAUUAUCUGUAAUCGCCAGAUGACAUGGAAGGUUACAGCGGAGCUCAAGUAUGAAUUGCGGCAGGAGAUUGUGGGUUUGAUUGUUCCACUGUACGAGGCUUCCUUAUUUGCACUUGAUGCAAAUCGAAGCCGACUUUCAGAGAUCCUUCGGUGGUUAAAACGAGUAAUGGCAGGAAAGAAGAAACAAAAGAAGUACACUGUGGAGGAAUUGGAAAGGGUGGUAAGAGAGUUGUUCGAAGGAUGA